UGCCCCAAGCACAGACUGCAACACGCUUAUUCUAAUUGACUCGGAUAGCUCAUAGUUAGUCACUGUUCAUAAUUUAUAAUUAGCAAUAAAUAAGAGUAGCAUAAUAACAUUUGAAGGGUUAUUUAUAGUAUACUUACUAUUCAAGAGGCUGGUGUGUGAUAACAAAAUAAAAAUAUAUUAUUAAUGUUCGACCACACGGUAAUCAAGCAGCCUUGUCUUGUUAGCCGGGACUGCGACACUAGCUAGCUAGCUAGCUAGCUAGCCGAGUGGCUAACCGUCUACAAUCAAGCGGCACUUCAUCGUCUGGCAGCUGAAGCAGGCAAAAGUGAUGGAUAACAUGAAGAGACAGAGAGAGGCUGCACUCCUCCAUAGCAUGCACACUGCUGAGAUGCUUUGUUCUGCUUUGUACUGCUGCAAAUGGCUGCCUCUUGAGGACUGUGGGGGCUCUGUAAUGAUCCCCCCGUUCAUCCGAUGAACCCCCUCAACUCCAUGAAACCCUCCCUGCCUCUCAAUCCACAAAGCAUUGACGGCCCCUUCCUGAAUGACCCAGUCUCCUGGCAACCAGGAACCAAUCAGCACCCAGGAUCUCUCUCUGUAGUAACCACAGUGUGGGGGGGCGGGACCAAUCCCACACACAGCCAGGUGUUCUGUUCACCCAUGGGUCCGGGUGAGAGCUCUGGCGGUCACAUGAUGCCUGGUGGUGGUCCUGGUAUGGGUCCUGGCAUGGGGUCCCAGUUCAUGGGCCAGCACUCGUACGGAGACGCUAUCUCCAAAGGAUACGGCCAGCCAAUCAUGUACGGACGUCCCAACCCUGCUUACAACCCGGCCUCGGGCUACGGAGGAAGUUACUCUGGUAACGGUGGAGGUGCCGGUAUGGGCAUCCGUCCUCCCUCAGACUUCACUCAGGCUGCUGCCGCUGCUGUUGCCGCCGCCGCUGCCACAGCAACUGCCACUGCUACGGCAACUGUUGCGGCAAUACAGGAGAAACAGCACCAGGAGAUGAGCUAUGGCCAGAUGGGUGGAGCAUCCUCUUACAGCACCCAGUUCCUGUCUCAUGCGGGCCCCCGCGGUCCUCCAGGGAUGGUCUCUUCCAGGCCCGGACCUCCACCUUCCACCGCAGGCCUGUAUCCCACCCACCCCCACCAGGCUCAGAAGAUGCCCCAGCACGGAGGCUAUCCCGGGCCCCAGCAGGGGCUCAAACGGCCGUAUCACUCAGAGGGUUUCCCAGUGCAGCAGUACGGCUCUGGUGGGAUGUCGGGGUACCCUAACCAGCCUCUGCAGUACCCCCCUGGUCCACAGCAGCGAUGUGCGCCCUCACCCUCCUACCCCUCCAGUCGGAUGCCUCUCAUGGGGCAGUACUCUUCUGGAUCACACAACCUGGGACAGUUCCCCCCAGGAGCCGGCCAGCCCAACCCUCCACAGUAUUAUAAGUCGGAGCCAUUCAAUGGUCAGGGCAGCCUGCCAUCUGGAGGAGCAGGAGGAUACAAUGCCUUCACACAGGCUGCAGUCAACGGGCCAGGUCGGGGUGGAGUGAUGCCCGGAUAUCCCAGCUCUCCCAUGGGAGGGAAUCCCACGCCUCCCAUGACACCCGGGACGUCAAUACCUCCAUACCUGUCCCCGGGCCAGGACACAAAACCCCCCUACCUCCCACCGGACAUCAAACCCAACAUAAACGCCCAGCAGAUCUCUACAGGUAACCCGAGUGACGACCUGCGUCUGACGUUCCCGGUACGAGACGGCGUCGUGUUGGAGCCGUUCAGACUGGAGCACAACCUGGCCGUCAGUAACCACGCCUUCCAGCUGAGAGACUCUGUGUACAAAACACUCAUGUUGAGGCCGGACCUGGAGUUGCAGUUUAAAUGCUACCACCACGAGGACCGACAGAUGAAUACAAACUGGCCUGCAUCCGUUCAAGUGAGCAUCAUCAGCCUUUCUUUAUUAGUCAGUGUCAAUGCAACUCCUCUGUGCAUUGAAAGAGGGGACAACAAAACCUCCCACAAGCCCUUGUACCUGAAGACGGUGUGUCAACCGGGACGUAACACAGUGCAGAUCACAGUAACCGCCUGCUGCUGUUCGCACCUGUUUGUGUUACAGUUGGUCCACCGGCCGUCCGUCAGGUCUGUCCUGCAGGGUUUGAUGAAGAAGAGACUCCUGCCUGCCGAGCACUGCAUCACCAAGAUAAAGAGAAAUUUCAGUAGCGGUACGAUCCCCGGGACCCCUGGUUUGAACGGAGAGGACGGCGUAGAGCAGACGGCAAUCAAAGUUUCACUCAAAUGUCCGAUCACGUUCAGACGAAUCCAGCUGCCAGCCAGGGGGCACGACUGCAGACACAUACAGUGUUUCGACCUGGAGUCCUAUUUGCAGCUUAAUUGUGAAAGAGGGACCUGGAGAUGUCCUGUGUGCAAUAAAUCAGCUUUGCUAGAAGGACUGGAGGUGGACCAGUACAUGCUCGGGAUUCUCGUCUACAUCCAGAACUCAGAGUAUGAGGAGAUCACCAUAGACCCGGUGUGUGGCUGGAGGCCGGUGCCUGUAAAACCAGACCUGCACAUAAAGGAGGAGCCGGACGGCCCGGUGCUGAAGCGCUGCCGGACCGUCAGCCCGAGUCACAUGGUGCUGCCUAACGUGAUGGAGAUGAUCGCCGCUCUGGGCCCCGCGUCGUCCCCCUACCACAGUCUGUCUGCAGGGGGCAGGAACACCCCCGACUACAACCGGCCAGGGAGCCAGGGAUUCUCCGGCCAAGGAGGCUUCUCAGACUUCCCCAACACUCCCGGCACCCCGACACUGGGAGAGUACUCCUCCUCCGGACCUCCCCUCCCCUAUCAGUCGGAGCAGGUCAGACUCCUUCUACUUCAACACCCCUUUCUGACACAACAUACCACGUCUCAUCCUGGACGAAUGGAACACGGCCAUAACAUCCUGCAGCAGCACAGCUCAGGUGUCCAUGGAAACCAGAGUCUCGGAGACGCCGGCAGUCCACUGUCGCAGCGGAACAUCAACACCCAGAAUUCCCGGCUGCAGAACGAAGGCCCCUUCGUUCUGGGAGGCCCUGGAGCCCCCGGGGGGGACGCGGCCGACCAUGCACUAGACCUUCUUCCUGAGCUGACCAACCCGGACGAGCUGCUGUCCUACCUGGGCCCCCCCGACCUUCCCAACAACAGCAGUGAUGACCUGCUCUCUCUCUUUGAGAACAACUGACCCCCUCCAUUCAUCUUCCAGCCUCUGCUUCCCACGGUGCUGUAGCCCGGCCCUCAUUGGCUAAAGCCAGCACUGUCUCUAUGGGCGCCCUCUUCUGUGUGUGUGUGUGUGUGUGUGCGGGUGUGUGUGAGUGUGCAUAAAUGUGUGAGUGUGUGCGAGUGUGUACAUGAUUGCGUUUUUGUGUAUCUUUUUUUUAAGUGUCCUGCUGUAAAUUCAUUCAUUGCAGUAUACAGGAACCGGAGGGAACACGCUUCACAUGUGAUCACUGUCUUUCAUGAGGAAUAUAACAGUAAAAACUGUAGGCACUGACUCUGCAGACCAGCAUUUUAAACUAUAGCACAAACCACAGGGUGAAGGAUUUAAAUAUACAGUAUUUAAUUCAUAGAUUGUAAUAGUUAGAAGUGGAGGAUAAUGGAAGAUAGGGUGUGUUUAUAAGGAGUUAUAGGACGCAUUAAUACAGUGGUUCCCAAAUGUUUCUGUCGCUAUUUUGCACACACGCACAUUCCUGGUCAAUUACUUUGUAGCUCAACAACCGGAUUUCAACUGUUUUCUUUGAGAUGACAGUUUCCAGAGUUGUAAAAUCCUUCCUCAAUAUAUAUUGAACAGCAGUAAACCCCUCCAACCCUCUACCGCGUUGGGGACCACUGCAUUAAGGGUUAAAGCUUGUGAUAUUCUUUACUUUUCGUAUUGUCAACGACUCCCAUGAAAAGAACCAACAUUAUAUGAAUCCAUCUUUCAAUACUAAAUGACUUCCUGUCUGUGGUGCAGAUCUUGAGAAACGGAUCCUUAAUUGUCAAUGCAAUUCAAGGACUGCAAAAAUCAGUAAAACACAAAAACAUCUAUAUUUUUAUGUUUUAAAAAAGCUAAGUUAUUUCUUCAAACAGCUGGUAAUCAAAUACAAUGCAGGAAAUAAGGCAUUUGUGAGGGACUAUUUUCAGCGGCACAUGUAUCCACAUUUGGGUCUCUGUGAGUAUUCGGGUGUUUUUGGACAACAAUCGAGCUCUAUGGCACAUACCAAGGUGUAUCGAGCUUUAAUACACACACAAUACUUGUUAGUAGAUAUCAUUUCUGUUGAUUUGGGGUUUAUUGACAAUAAGGAAAUACAGUGCAUCACCAGACUUUAUUCACAAUGAUGUAAGAUAAGGGCAGUGGUCACUUUUUUUGUUUCUUUGUGUUCAGUCCGAUGGCAGAGUAAAAGAAAAGAUCCGAGGGGCCUCCUCACCUAAGGACAAACUAAGCCCAGCCUAUGAAGGCGGGGCCCAGAUGUAAAAUAGACCUUUUUUUAAUUCAUGAAGUUUGGGAGCAGGCUGAGGUUCAUUGUAUCUCUGACAUCCUUCAGCACUGUGAAAUAUAUUAAAGCUCCCAUCUUUCCCUCGGUUUGUUUUCACCUUCCUAUGAAGGGUUUUUCAAGCAUCUGUAAAUGAGUACAGCUGUGUGUCGUGGCAUUUUCUGCCAUUUGAAAGCUAGUAUGUUUUAAAAUGGUUUCACAUGUAUAACCCAUCAUGACACGGGUUUAUGUACUGUAUAAUCAGCUGUUUUCAUUAGAGAACGUGUGUGUAUCAAAUGAAUUGUUAAUCAUGGUAAUUGUAAUGUUAUUUAGUUGGAUAAUGGAUCAUUGUUGGCACUGUAUACAUACUGUAUGUUAGAAGAUUAUAAAGCAAUUGUAAAAAGGUCGUACUAAUGCAUGUAUGACAGAAAACAGUCAGCUGACAUUGAGUAAUGCAGUUAAAGAUGCAGCGGAAGAAAUUAUUCUUAUUAACACUUUUUAAAGCUGAUGUUUUUUUCUAUGAAUGAUCUCACCCUUUGUGGUCCAACAAGGCAACAAGAACUAAUGUUCAUUGCCAAUUGAGAAAGCCAAUAAUGUUAUAUUUGGAAACUAUGGACUAUUUAACUGCAAAUUUGCUAGAAAAAAUGUUUUUUUAAUAUGUAAACUAUUCCACAUAUUUUGUAACACAUUGUAAUUGCCAUUAUUUUCUAUUUAUUUUUUAAUCAUAAUCGUCAUUGUACCUACAGUUACCUUGUCCCUUUCCUGAAUCUCAGAAUCAGAAUUAAAAAUCACUUUAUCUGA